GGGAGGAAGGGCGGAGGCUGGGCCUCGGUGCCAGGCGCUCCCGGCGGCGCCCGCCGGUGCAGCGGGGGCGGGGUCAGCGGGCGGGCGGGGCUGGGCUCUGGCUCAGCACUCCCUCCACGGCCGCCGAGCCGAUCGGACGCCCCCCACCCGGGGCCCAUCUCCUUUAUCAUGACCGGGCCCCUGGAGGUAACGGCGCUGACACGAUGCCCCAAGAAGAGUCAGAAGGCGGCGUAGACGGCAGCGGUGGCGAUGGAGGGGACGUGCCCACGCUCAUUCCAGACGGGGAGCCACUGAGGGAAGAGCAGCGGCCCCUGAAGCAGUCUUUGGGAGGCUCCCUUUGUCGGGAGUCUCACUGGAAGUGCCUCCUGCUAACCCUCCUCAUCCAUUCAUGUGGGGCUGUGGUGGCCUGGUGCUGGCUGGCCACUGUGCCCCGUCUGGCCAUAGGCACUGGCCUUUCGCAUGGGAACCCAGCCACCUACCAGGCCAGUCCCUGCUCAGAUGGCUAUCUGUACAUCCCACUGGCCUUCGUCUCUCUCCUCUACCUCCUCUACCUGGCUGAGUGCUGGCACUGCCACAUGAGAGCCUCCAGGGCACCACGCACAGAUGUGGUCACGGUGCUGGCGCUGAUCCGCCGCCUCCAGCAGGCCCCGCCCUGCGUCUGGUGGAAGGCCACCAGCUACCAUUACGUUCGGCGAACCAGACAGAUAACUCGCUACCGCAAUGGGGACGCCUAUACCACCACCCAGGUCUAUCACGAGCGGGCCGAUAGCCGGACAGCACGGGGCGAAUUCGACUACUCUGCCCACGGGGUCCGAGAUGUGUCCAAGGAGCUGGUGGGACUGUCAGACCACCCUGCUACCCGCCUGCGCUUCACCAAGUGCUUCAGCUUUGGAAGCGCAGAAGCCGAGGCAGCAUACCUCACCCAGAGGGCCCGGUUCUUUGGCGCCAACGAGGGCCUAGACGACUACCUGGAGGCUCGGGAGGGGAUGCAUUUGAAGGAUGUGGACUUCCGAGAGUCGCUGAUGGUGUUUGCGGAUCCCCGCAGCCCACCCUGGUAUGCCCGGGCCUGGGUGUUCUGGCUGGUAUCUGUGGCCACGCUGUCGUGGCCACUCCGUGUGGUGGCCGCCUACGGCACAGCCCACGUCCACUACCAGGUGGAGAAGCUAUUUGGGGCCAGCUCGCCCCCACCUGGCCACGCCCCUGGAGGCCCUUCGCUUUCCCGAGUAGCCACCGUGGACUUCACUGAACUGGAGUGGCACAUUUGCUCCAAUCGGCAGCUGGUGCCUAGCUACUCAGAGGCCAUGUUGAUGGGCCCUGGCCCCACAGCCUACCUCAGAGGCUGCCAGCGCUGCCGCCGCUCCGUCAGCAGCAACUCGCUGCCCCCAUCCCGAGCCAGUGGGCCCCGCCUGCCCUUCAGCAGAAGCCGCCUCUCCCUGGGAGGCGGGAGUCGGGCCACCACAGGGGUCUUCCGAAGCCUGAGUGGGGGGCCGCUGGGUCGUCGGGGAGAAGACACGGAGCCCUUGGAAAGCCCCCCCUGCUACCAGGACGCUCUUUACUUCCCUGUUCUCAUUGUUCAUGGAGAUGGAGGCUGCCGGGGGGAUGGGCAAGGUGCAAUCUGAGCUCCCUGAGCAAAAACUGGGCGUUGUGGCCAAAGGGACUGGCAGAGGCCCCACGUGCCCAGAACCCAGAUGAGUCAUUGAUUCUUGUAUAAACCCAAAUAGCAAAAGUGCCGGGGGUUGGGGUGAGCGACAGUCCAACAUCUGUAGAAACCAGUGCCCAGAUGCCAGUGGUUUGUCCAGCUGGGGGAGGGGCCGGUGGGGAAGCAUAUCUUCGAUAGUUACCACUUAGCCUCCUCUUCUGCAGACUUUCCCCUAAAGCCAAGGGACCCUCUGAGUCCUAGCUAAUGGGGAUCAGGGCGAGAGUGGACACUGAGGCUGUCGUGGGGUGGGGGUGGGGGGUUCCUAGGGAAAUGUUUACUCUUCUUGGGGCCAAGGGCUCACUUACCCCCAGGGAGAGCAUCCCCUCCGGAGCUGGAGCUAGGAGUUGCUCCAGAGAAAUCCAAGCCUGGGCAAAGGAGACGAUCCCUGAAACGGGAACUGAAUGCUCUGCUCACCUGCAGCUCCUGCCUUCUUGGUUCUUUGGGGACAGCACCCCACCCUCCUCCCCCCUGAUUCUAUCCUCAGCCAAGCACAAAAGGGGAGGAAUGGGGGAAGGGAGGUGGAUGAGACGCUUGACCCCGCUGACCCAGAAGACCUAGCUCAAUGGGCUGCAGCUCAUUGCCUCCAUCUUUGGGGGUCAGUACUGAUGAUGAGGCUGGGAGCAGAAUCGGAGGCCUUCUGCAGACACCCCCUUUGCCAGGACCCCACUGGCUCCUGUGCUCUCCAAGCUGGCUAGCCUUCCAGCACAGGCUGGUGGGGGGAAGGGCCAACCUAGGGGCAGCUAUCUGGGGGCCUUAAUAAGGAGGGGCAGUGGAAGAAAGUGGCAGGAGGUGGGCCACAAUCCUACCUCUCUCAUAUCCAAACACUCAGUCUUCCCCAGUGGACCCUUCUCAGACUCUUCCUGGAGUCCCAGUCCCUAGUGCCCCUCUCCCCUCAUCAUGAGGACCUCAAAAGUCAGCUCUGCUUGUCUCCUUCCUCCUGCCCCUCUCUUCCUGCCUCCUUCCCGUUCCCUCCAAUGGAACUCAUUAUUUUCCCUCUCCUCUCCUUUGUCAUGAAGCUCCUUCUCUUAACUGUCUUCUCUACCCCCAAGGGAGCCAGCUAUGGGGUGGGUGGGACUGGGGCAGCAUGUGGGCCACCAGAGGCUCUGAAAGCCCCCUCCCUUCCUCAAUGUCCCAACCCCAGCCAGGCCGCCCGUGCCCUGGGGGCAGCUUUGUCCAGGUGUGCCUGACAUAUCUGGAAAGAUUCCCCUCUCCUUGGAUGAUUCCUUUCCCUGUCCAAGGGCUGCUCCUGGGAGGACCCUUUAACCUCUACCGCCCCUUCUGGGGAGGCCUGGGCAUCAGCCCAGGAGGAGGGCUGCAAAGAAGACAAGGAAGAAAUAAAAGGUAUGAAACA